GGCCAUGGCUGAUCCUGGAAACAGAGGAGGGCUCUACCGUCCCUUGAGCCUCACCUGCUCCCUGCUCAUUGUGGGAAUGUGCUGUGUGUCUCCUUUAUUCUGUCAUAGCCAGACAGACCUGCUGGCUCUUGACCAAGCUGAUCCCCAGUGCUGGGAAUCCUCCUCAGUGCUCCUCCUGGAAAUGCGGAAGCCUCCGAUUUCCAACACUGUGUCAGGUUUCUGGGAUUUCAUGAUCUACCUGAAGUCAUCGGAGAACUUGAAGCAUGGGGCACUGUUUUGGGAUCUGGCCCAACUCUUCUGGGACAUCUAUGUGGACUGUGUCCUCUCCAGGAACCAUGGCUUAGGAAGGAGGCAAUUGGCUGGAGAGGAAGAGGAGAUCUCGGCAGUGCAUCCACCGCACUCAGGGAGGAAACAAGGUGCACAUUCUCAGCAACCAAGAAUCCUUUCCCUGAAGAAGAAAAAGAUUGAAGAUUUGCUAAGCCUGUACAUACGCAGGAGAGAGUCCAAGUCAAUUGGAAAAGCAAGCAGUGGCCUUGAAAUAAAGAGAAAAUAA